AUGCUGAGACACGCUCUCGAUCUCCACUGGCUGCUGCAGGCAGAGAGACACUGCUGCCCCGGCCUUCUCUUCACUCACAUCGAUAGAGUAGACAAUACAAACCCCCUAUACACCCCGUCUCCUAUUUUGUUAGCUGAGGUGGAGGUGUUGCUCUCCUCCCCACAAGAUAUUCGGGCCUGGGCAGCUGCUGCAUCGAUCCCCGAAACAAGCAGCACCGAUCCCGAUCCCAGCAGCAUCGAUCCCAGCAGCGAUCCCAGCACCGAUCCCAGCAGCCCCGAUCCCGAUCCCAGCAGCGAUCCCAGCAGCGAUCCCAGCGAUCCCAGCAACGAUCCCGAUCCCGGGGCCCAGGGUACACGAUACCCCGAGACACCACGACCCCAGCAGGAGACAGGGAGACAGCCGCAGGAGACACCUACAUACCCUCCCGAUCCCGAUCCCAGCAGCGAUCCCAGCAGCGAUCCCAGCAGCGAUCCCAGCGAUCCCAGCAGCGAUCCCGAUCCCGGGGCCCAGGGUACACGAUACCCCGAGACUGGGAGACACCCCACAAAGGAGACAGGUGUGGGGUCAGGCUGGUCCCCUCCACGGGGCACAACACAGUACCCAGCGGAGACACCCCAGUACCCUGUGGGGACACCUCGAUACCCCGGGGAGACACAUCGAUACCCAGGAGAGACACCCCAGCACCCUGUGGGGACGCCUCGAUACCCAGCGGAGACACCCCAGUACCCUGUGGGGACACCUCAAUACCCACAGGAGACACCUCGGUACCCACAGGAGACACCUCGGUACCCAGGGGGGACACCCCAGUACCCCGGGGGGACACCCCACUACCCAGUGGGGACACCCCAGUAUCCAGUGGGGACACGGGGAGGGGCCCCACACCCAGCAACACCACACCCCACAACAACCCCGCGAUCCAUACAGGACCCCACAACACCAGCGGGAGACACAGAGGGCCCCACGGUUCACUCGGCAGAGACAGGAGACACCCUGGCGCCCCUUGCAGAUACUGAGACGCCCGCAGGAGACACCGGGAUCCCCCCAGGGGAUACUGGGUAUCCCCCAGGAGACACCACGACCCCAGCAGGAGACAGGGAGACAGCCGCAGGAGACACCUACAUACAACAAAGGAGACUGGGAGACACCCCACAAAGGAGACAGGUGUGGGGUCAGGCUGGUCCCCUCCACGGGGGACAACACAGUACCCAGCGGAGACACCUCAGCACCCUGUGGGGACACCUCGAUACCCCGGGGAGACACCUCCAUACCCAGGGGAGACACCCCAGUACCCUGUGGGGACGCCUCGAUACUAUGUGGGGACACCUCAAUACCCACAGGAGACACCGCGGUACCCACAGGAGACACCGCGGUACCCACAGGAGACACCUCGGUACCCACAGGAGACACCCCAGUACCCCGGGGGGACACCCCACUACCCAGUGGGGACACCCCAGUAUCCAGUGGGGACACCCCAGUACCCCGGGGGGACACCCCAGUACCCAGUGGGGACACCCCAGUACCCAGGGGGGACACCUCGACACCCAGGGGCGAUACCUCGGUACCCACAGGAGACACCUGGGUACCCAGGGGGGACACCUCGAUACCCACAGGAGACACCUGGGUACCCCGGGGGGACACCCCAGUACCCCGGGGGGACACCCCAGCACCCCGGGAGGACACCCCAGUACCCACAGGAGACACCUCGACACCCAGGGGCGAUACCUCGAUACCCACAGAAGACACCUCGGUACCCACAGGAGACACCCCACUACCCAGGGGGGACACCCCAAUACCCCGGGGGGACACCCCAGUACCCAGGGGGGACACCCCAGUACCCACAGGAGACACCUCGGUACCCACAGGAGACACCUGGGUACCCAGGGGGGACACCCCAGUACCCAGUGGGGACCCCUCGGUACCCACAGGAGACACCUGGGUACCCAGGGGGGACACCCCAGUACCCAGUGGGGACACCCCAGUACCCACAGGAGACACCCCAUUACCCAGGGGGGACACCUCGAUCCCCACAGGAGACACCCCAGUACCCAGGGAGAACACCUCGGUACCCACAGGAGACACCCCAGUACCCAGAGGGGGGACACCCCAGUACCCCGCGGGGACACCCCAGUACCCACAGGAGACACCUCGACACCCAGGGGCGAUACCUCGAUACCCACAGGAGACACUUCGGUACCCACAGGAGACACCUCGGUACCCACAGGAGACACCCCACUACCCCGGGGGGACACCCCAGUACCCAGGGGGGACACCCCAGUACCCACAGGAGACACCUCGGUACCCCGAUCCCCACAGGAGACACCCCAGCACCCAGGGGGGACACCCCAGUACCCAGUGGGGACACCUCGAUCCCCGGGGGAGACACCUCGAUACCCACAGGAGACACCUCGAUCCCCGGGGGAGACACCUAGGUACCCAGUGGGGACACCUCGAUCCCCCGGGGAGACAGGUGGUUCGCGGGGAGCAGCAGGCUCGGCCAGGCCAGGAGGGGUACCGCUGUACCCACAGGAGACAGCUGGGCGCUCACAGGAGACACCUGGGUACCCAGAGGAGACACCUGGGUACCCGGGGGAGACAGGCUGGUAUGCAGGGGAGACAGACUGGUAUGCAGGGGAGACAGCUGAGUACCCCGAGGAGACAGGGGAGACAGAGGAGGAGACAGGUAAAUAA